AUGGCGAACAAGGCCAACAACUUCGAGGUUUUCGGCAAAGCCUCGAGUUAUGAUUUUGACUUGCCAACUGAAUUGGAUUUUACAGACCCCGAGCUCAUGAACCCAAUGAACCCGGAUCUCAUGCCUGCCAACUUAUCACCCGCCUCCUCAACCAACAUGACUGACCUUCAGCUUCAUCAGACCUGUUCAGAGGCCAACAGAACGUGUCCGAGCUCUGUACUCAACGUUCUCCGCAUACUUUGUGUUCCACCCACCAUCUGUCUGUCUAUUAGUGAGGAUGCUUUUUCACCGCAGCUGGCCGGUGCGGCCCAUUGCCAGAUUCGCAGGAUGGACGAGGUCCUGAAAAUCAACCGCGGCGUGAUUGAGCUAGUUUUACGGGUGUUUCGGUGUUCAUGCUCAGAGCAAUCGUCUCUCCAGCUCCUUCUUAUUAUUGUGUGCGAUCGGCUCACAGCAUGGUAUCAUGCGAUGUCUCGCCCGAACGACCCUCUUUCAACGUCGACACGAUCAGGCGACGAGCCAAGUGAGAGAGUCUUGACGCAACCUAUCACAAUUGGCGAGUUCCCUAUGGAUCCAGCUAUGCAGCUUUGCAUGCGCGAUCAAUUGAUUCUGGGAGAGCUACAAAGUGUGCAAGGAAUGAUUCGAAAAUUCAGUGAUUGUGUACAACAGACUAAGAAUCGGGAUAACUCGGCACGAGGACAGAGAUUCUACGACAUCAUGAGCCGGCUUUUAAGGGACCAGCUUCAGGCUCAGUCAAUUUUGACCUGCAGGGGUACUGAUUUGAAUUGA